UUCAUCCUCGCGCAGGCGGCAGCGGCUGGCGGCGAGUACGGGAUGCGCUCCGAGAAGGAGCGGGCCGGAGGCCCGGGCGCGACCGUUGGUACCCGGGGCCCUGGCGGGAGGGAGAAGCUGUCUGCCGCGGAAGUCCAGUUCCGCCGUGAGUCACCACGACGAGAACCCGAGACGCCAGCCUCCUCCUCUGGCUGCGGGGGCGGGGCCGGUAAGCCUCGCGAGGAGAAGAGGACGGCCCUGAGCAAGGUGGUCCUCAGACGGCUGCCACCAGGCCUCACAAAGGAGCAGCUGGAGGAACAGCUGCACCCACUGCCUGCGCACGACUACUUUGAGGUGGUGGCCGCAGACCUCAGUCUGCACCCUCAUCUGUACUCCAGAGCAUACAUUAAUUUUAGGGACCCUGAUGACAUCCUUCUGUUCAGAGACCGUUUUGAUGGAUAUGUCUUCAUUGGCAAUAAAGGCCUGGAGUACCCUGCAGUGGUGGAGUUUGCCCCAUUCCAGAAGAUAGCCAAAAAGAAGCUGAAGAAAAAAGACACUAAGACCGGGAGCAUCGAAGAUGAUCCAGAAUACAAGCAGUUUUUAGAAACAUACAGUGUGGAGGAAGAGAAAACCAGUGCCAAUCCUGAAAUCCUUCUGGGAGAGGUAGAGGCAAAGACAAGAGAACUCGUUGCUAGAAGAACCACGCCUCUUUUGGAAUAUAUUAAAAAUAGAAAAUUAGAAAAGCAGAGAAUUCGAGAAGAGAAGCGAGAAGAACGGAGGCGGAGAGAGCUAGAAAAGAAACGUUUGCGGGAAGAAGAAAAAAGAAAGAGAAAAGAAGAAGAAAAAUGCAAAAGAAAGGAGGCAGAUAAACAAAAGAAGACUGCUGAGAAAGAAGUGAAGAUCCAGGUACUUCUUAAGAAACCAGAAAAAGGAGAGGAAUCAACCACUGAGAAACCAAAAGAAAGAGGAGAAGAAGCUGGUGUUGGAGAUGGCAGGCGGGAAGCCCACGCCCCCUGCACAGUGAUGAAAACCAGGCUCCUGGAGAGCCUGCCGGAGGCGCUCAGGGAGAAGUCACAGGAUGACAGUGAUGGAGAGCAAAGGGACCUGGAGAGAAGACCUCGGGGGAGAGAAUCUGAAAUGCUGAGGUGCCACCUGGACAGCAGCAGAAAACAUGGUGCUCACUCUGAGUUUGACAGGUUUGCCAGGAGGAACGAAGAUGAGCUGAGAUGGGCCAGAGGGUCCACCCAAGAUAGAGGGAAGAAGGGGCGCCAGGACGGGGGCAUCCCCAUGGAGACGGCAGAGCGGCUGGCCAGGGAGAAGGAGGACAAUGGCCUGGCCCCCAGGAAGGAGCGUCUGGGAAGCAAGGUGCUCUGAGCCCCUGGGCUGGUCCUCCCGCAAAGCUCUGCUCCAGGGCAUCCCUGUACUUUGGCAGUCUCAUGACUGCGUUUUCCAAAUUAUCUUAUUAAAUCAAACAAGAGAAUCUG